AUGGCGUGGGUGCUGAAAAUGGAUGAAGUGAUCGAGUCCGGGCUGGCGCACGAUUUCGAUGCCAGCCUCUCCGGCAUCGGGCAGGAGCUGGGAGCCAGCGCCUACAGCAUGAGUGAUGUUUUGGCACUGCCAAUUUUCAAGCAGGAAGAUUCCAGCCUUCCACCAGACAGCGAGACCAAACAUCCACCGUUUCAAUACGUUAUGUGUGCUGCAACAUCUCCAGCAGUCAAAUUGCACGAUGAAACUCUUACUUACUUGAACCAAGGUCAGUCCUAUGAAAUACGGAUGCUAGAUAAUCGGAAGAUUGGAGACAUGCCGGAGAUCAGUGGAAAACUGGUGAAGAGUAUCAUAAGAGUUGUGUUCCAUGACAGAAGGUUGCAAUAUACAGAGCACCAGCAACUGGAAGGUUGGAAGUGGAAUCGCCCUGGGGACAGACUUCUUGACUUAGAUAUUCCAAUGUCUGUUGGAGUAAUUGAUAUAAAGACAAAUCCAAGCCAGCUCAAUGCAGUUGAAUUUCUGUGGGAUCCUGGAAAGCGUACAUCUGCCUUUAUUCAGGUACAUUGCAUCAGCACUGAGUUUACCCCACGUAAACAUGGAGGUGAAAAAGGAGUUCCUUUUAGGAUUCAGGUUGACACUUUUAAGCAGACUGAAAAUGGAGAAUACACAGAUCAUUUGCAUUCAGCCAGCUGCCAAAUCAAAGUUUUUAAGCCAAAAGGAGCAGACAGGAAACAGAAAACAGACAGAGAAAAGAUGGAGAAGCGAACUGCACAUGAAAAAGAAAAGUAUCAACCUUCGUACGACACCACAAUCCUCUCAGAGAUGAGGCUUGAGCCUAUAAUUGAAGAUGCAGUUGAACAUGAGCAGAAAAAGUCCAGCAAGCGGACUUUGCCAGCAGACUGCGGUGAUUCUCUGGCAAAGCGAGGCACUUGCUCACCAUGGCCUGAUACUCCUACGGCAUUUGUAAACAAUAGCCCUACCCCAACACCAACUUUUACCUCUGCUCAACAUAGUACCUACAGUGUCCCAGACAGCAAUUCUUCCUCCCCAAAUCAUCAAGGAGAUGGAACUUCUCAAGGGUCUGGAGAUCAACUUCAGCCUUCAGCCACAAUCCAGGAAACUCAGCAGUGGUUACUCAAACAUAGGUUCUCUACCUAUACAAGGCUUUUUUCAAAUUUCUCAGGUGCUGAUUUAUUAAAGCUGACAAGAGAGGACCUGGUACAAAUCUGUGGUCCGGCCGAUGGCAUUCGGCUAUAUAAUGCACUGAAAUCCAGGUCUGUUAGGCCCCGUUUAACAAUCUAUGUCUGCCAGGAGCCAUUGAGGAGCAUACAACUGGAAAGGCAGCAAGAUGCAACCAAUGGUGAUAACAGCAAUGGUGCAAUAUAUGUUUAUCAUGCAAUCUACUUAGAAGAAAUGGCAGCCUCAGAAGUCACUCGCAAGCUUGCUUUGGUGUUUAAUAUUCCUUUGCAUCAGAUUAAUCAGGUUUACAGACAGGGUCCUACUGGUAUCCACAUCCUCGUUAGUGAUCAGAUGGUUCAGAACUUUCAAGAUGAGAGUUGCUUCUUAGUCACCACAAUAAAAGCUGAAAAUGGUGAAGGUUUCCAUAUAAUUCUGAAGUGAUGGCAUUGAGAGAGGUGUGUGUAUAUAUACUGGA